AUGCAGUUCCGUUUUAAACGGAAAGAAAACCGUUCUGCACGACACUUCUCGAAAGCUUUCUUUUUGCCCAAGCGACUAUGCGAAAACUUUUGGAUCUUUAUCAAUCUUUUUCUUCCGAAGAGUCCAUCAAAAAGGAGCAACAUAGAACUACCACUACGAACUUCAACAAGAAAUUUUUACCGUCGACUCAGCUGCUCGCGUGGUUCUCUGCCUGCACGGGUUGCAAGAUAUUCGUGGCUACAGUACGCACAACGAAAAAUAUCCGUAGUACGUAACUUCAACUUGGUCACUUUUAUUUUAUCUUUUGUAACAUCAAGUUCAAGAGGCUGUAGAAUAUGUACGUAGAAUCUAUGCGGUUGCUGACUUGAUGGGGCGGUGAACCUCCGGUCGACGACCAAAAUCCUCGCCGAGAUAUAUCCGUGACUUCUUGAGCAAAUAUGUAAUUUCGCGGACAGUUUCUGGCGCUAGCUUUAUAGCAGUCGAACAUGUGGUAAAAAAGAGUCCUGACAGAUUUUUUAGUUCCUGUAGCAGAAGAUGUAGGAUAGAUUUCAUCUACUUCACGACCUGAAGACGAGAAAAUCAUCGAGUAUUUUCCGCUCCUGGACACUGGUAAAUAUGAACUCUGCUUACUCGACCAGUGAAGUAGAUCAAGAUACAGCAAGCAUCCGUUUCAGCGAGCAGAUAACUUUAGUAGUAGAAGGUGGACAGGCGAAGCUACAGGCUAGCUCGGCGCAGAAUUGGCAUCAAAGAGGAUGCUGGCCUAUUUGGAGAGGGGUGAGUGCGUGUUGCAAGGGGAAUGCUUCGUGCUAUCCUGUGGUCUUGUCGCUGUCUUGCUGUAAAAAAAGUAAAGUAAUAUUUAUUUACUUUUGAAUAAUAUAUGAAAAAUGCCAAUAAGUGAAGAAGAAGUAGGGGGCGCAAAGCUACAAGGCUAAAAAUACAGGACGUACGAUGUAACAUGCUCUACUGAACAAGGAUUCUCCGAAAGUGAAAAGAUAAAGUGGAUUUACGAGGACGUUGUAUACAGGUACGACAUUGCAUGUCGUGGGUCUUCAUCUUUUGAAAUUGAAUUCUUAUUCUUCGCUGAAGAAGAAACGAUUCGCGCGGAUCCUCUAUGAGCAAGAAAGGGAU